AUGCUCAUAUUUUUCUUAUUUAUUUUGAUUGGAACAACAAUGUGUAAUAGAGACCAGGAAGAGGAUGUCAUGGAUAGCGUGUGUUCAUUUGGUGGAAAUGCCGCUUGCCGCACGUAUUGUUUCUUUACACAAGGUUCGAUGACUGGCCAAUGUGAUGCAAAUAAUGACUGUAUUUGCAAUUCAACACUAACCACCAAUGACAAUGCUGUUAUAACAGAAGUCGAAAUACUUGUCAUUAACAAAUAA